AUGGAUACUAUAUUUAACCCAUUGAUUCAAAAUGUGAAUCAGAGUUACCAACAGUUGGCAACUCAAAUGAAUCGAAUUGAUGAUUGUUUUGGUGCUCCGCCAAUGCAAAUUUCACCCCUUGUACAACCCCAAGUCGUUAGAAAAGUUCGAAAUGAAGGGGUAGUCUUGGAGGAAAACACGGUAAAUCAGGGGCAAAAAAUUGUUCCUCAGGUAGUCGAACAAGAGAUUCCUAGGGAAGUUGAGUGUCCACCUACCAUAAUGGUUAAUCGAAACCAUGUUGUUGAUCAAUUCGUUCAUCAAGUUCGACAAGGAAAUAUGUUGGGAGAAAAUAACCUUGCAACCAUUGUCAAAUGGAUAAUGGCUCAAAAUAGUGUGAACAUGGGCCUGCAAAGGCCAAAUCAUACAUCUCCUCUAUCAGAAUAUGUGUUGCAAACUGAACUUCCAAGGGGAUGGAAGGUCCCUAAGUUCACCAAAUUUGCUGGUGAUACUAAUGAGUCUACCAUCAUGCAUAUUACUUGA